AUGACGGGUCCAUUUUUGAAAGGGACAGGGCAAAUUUACCCGGCCAAGCGCCUUCUCGGCAAUCUGCCCCAUCGUCCGCCCUUCCGUCGCUCCCGCCGCCCCCUCAUCCUUCCUCCUCUCCAUCGCCGCCCAGCGCCGCCUCCUCUCGGAUGGUGUCCGCCAGGCCAUCGACAAGGCCGUCGGGUCGGCCCCAGUAGUGCUGUUCAUGAAGGGCACACCCGAGACGCCCCAGUGCGGCUUCUCGCGCGCGAGUAUCCAGGUGCUGGGUCUGCAGGGCGUCAACCCGGAGAAGUUUGCGGCAUACAAUGUCCAGGCAUCAAGGAGUACUCCGACUGGCCGACCAUCCCGCAGUUGUACAUCGACAAGGAGUUCGUCGGCGGCUGCGACAUUAUCGUGUCCAUGCACCAAAACGGGGAGCUGGCCAAGAUGCUGGAGGAGAAGGGGGUAUUGGUGAAGGAAGAGGGUGCCGCCGAGGGGGGGGGAGAAGCCGGAGUAAAAUAA